AUGUCCGCCCAACCCAAUUACGAUGCGUGCGACACCUGGCAGGACAUUGUCGCCGAGCACCGGCGCACACUCCAGCUGCCACGCUCCACCGUCUGCACCGACCCCAAGCUGACCGAGUGGAAGGAACGUGCCAACGCCGUGCUCGAGCCGCCAUCGAGCGACGUACCCGGCCCUGCGCUCGCGCAGCUGGUGCAAAACGAACCCACCAAGACCAUCUGGGCCUCCGAGCUCGAUGCGCUCCUCGACGGGCGCGAUGCUUCGGCCAUUGCCGAGCUCACCACGUCGGGCAAGGUGUCGGUUGUGGCUGUGACGCAGCAUUUCGUCAAGAAGGCGUCGGUGGUGCACCAGGCGACCAACUGCCUGGCACAGAUGCUGGCGGACGAUGCGCUGCAGCGCGCAGAGCAGCUCGACGAGAAGCGAAGCCGGCUCGAGGCAGACGGUCGCCUCCACGAGCUCGGCGCGCUGUUCGGCGUGCCGAUGAGCAUCAAGGGACACAUUCCGUACAACCGAUUCGGCAACCAGCGCGGAUUCGUCUUUGAUGUGCUACCCGAUCCGACGUCGCAUCCGCUCGUCAAGCGCAAUCUCACACAGGAGCAGCUGGAGCUGUUGAAGGAUACGCAGGGUGGGUAUGUGAGCGAGAGGCCGAAUGCGCAUCUGGUGGAACUGCUGCUUGAUGCGGAUGCGGUGAUCAUCUGCAAGACCACCAUGCCGCAGGGCGUGAUGCACCUCGAUACGACCAGCAACUUGUACGGCCAGACGCUCAAUCCGCAUAACCUCGCGCUGAGCCCGGGCGGAUCGAGUGGGGGAGAAAGCGCGAUCAUCGCAGGAGGGGGAGUGGCGCUGGGUGUGGGCAGCGAUAUCGGUGGGUCGAUUCGUCAGCCGUGUGCGGUGACGGGUUUGUAUGGGCUGAGGCCUACGACGCAGAGGAUCCCGUAUGGGGGCGUGCGAUCGACGAUGCCCGGUGCCGAGGGCGUGGGGUCUUCGAUUGGGCCGAUGGCCAAGUCGUUCCGCGACAUCGAGCGGUUCAUGGCGAGCGUGCUGAAUGACAAGACGCGGCCGUGGGAGCGCGAGCACUUUACGCUGCCGAUCCCGUGGCGUAAGGUGGACAGCCUGCUCAAGGGUGGGCAGAAGACACUGGUGGUUGGGGUGAUGAUGGAGGAUGGGGUGGUGCGGCCAACGACACCUGUGCGACGUGCGCUGGGGCACUGGGUGGACAAGCUGCGUGCCAAGGGUGGGCUACGCGUGGAGCUUCGACGGUGGGACCCGCGCGAUCUGCACCGCCGCGCAUGGGACAUCGUUCGGUCGCUGUACUUUAUGGAGUCGGGCAAGUACUUUCACCUGCUCUCUCGCGCCACGGGGGAGCCACUACUGCCUCUGACGCAGUUCAUCCUGGCCGAGCCGUUUGUUCGGUUGGCCGAGGCGGAUCUUGCUGCGGAUGCGGCGGGCGAGGCGAGGAAGAAAGACGAGAUGUCGGCGAGCGAUGUCAUGGCGAGCGUGCGGGUGCGCGAGGCGUUCAGGGCCGAAUACCUGCGUGCGUGGAACGAGCUGGGUCUCGACUGCCUGCUGUGCCCUGCUACCGCCAACGUCGCACCCAGACCGAGCACGGUCAAGUACUGGAACUACACGAGCGUCUUCAACCUCGUCGAUUAUCCGGGGGUUGUGUUUCCCUCGGGCAUCACGGCUGACUCGGCACUCGAUCGAGAGUUCGAGGCGAAGUCUCCCAAGGCGGUCGAUGGGUUCGAGUACGAGACGAGGAGGGAGGGCGAGUGGAUGGGCGAGUUCGACGAGGACAACGCGCGAGAGUACGAGCAACACCGUGAUGUGUUCAACGGCGCCCCUGUGGGACUGCAGCUGAUUGGGCGUAGGUACAAGGACGAAGAGCUCGUAAAGUACGCCGAGCUGCUGGACCACAUUGUGCGAUCCUGA